AUGAGGAGGAACAAGCUGCCGGUGCAGGCAGCCUCCCUAAGGGGUCGAAUCGCCUGCAUUCGACUAACCGGUACAGCUUGUUUGCUAGUUUUCCUCGCCGCCGUGGAAUCGUGCCUCGACGCCUCGGUUGCACUGCAAGUAUCACGACUCGGAAAAAAUAACCAGCAACAACUACCCGAUGCAGCCGACCGUUUUUCUUCCGAGAGCGCUCACGUAGUUUCAGAAGGCGCAUUGCCUCUGCGGAAACAGCUGCACUCAGCCGGUCUCAACCAGUUGAGCAGUUUGUCUCUCCUUGACAACGAACUUGCAGGCUCAUUCAUCGAGACGGCUCUCGGUGCGACGCCGGCGAAAAAGCGAAGAGGGCGCCGUAAGAAAACGCGAACUCAACACAGGGCAAAGCAGGGGAAGCAAUCCCAUGAUAACAAGCGCCGGAGAAAACAGAAAUCGGAGCGGAAGGCGACACAUGGCAACCAAGAGGAGAAUGCCACCACAGAACGGCACAAAAAGCAAAAACGGAAGAAGCACGCCACGGAAUCCUCUACCGAAACCGGGAGCGUCCAGAAAACGACCAAAGACAGAAAACGCUCCCGUGACCGGGGCAGUGACGAAGGCGAAGCGCCAAGACAAGACGGAAAGCAGCGCACGACGAAGACGAAACGCCGGCACAAAAGCAAGAAGCACCAACGGAAAUCUGACGACGUGUCAGACAGUGGCGGGGUAAAGGACAAGAAGCUCGCGGCUCGUGCCGAUGGCAGCGGAGUCAGGACACCUGGAGGCCACCAGCGUGGUGAGAACAAAGAUGACGAUAACCACAACAGUGAGCAUAAGUCGAAGAAGCGACGUCGGCACAAAAAGAAGAAGCACCACCAUGGAAAAGACGAUGAGGCUGAUGGCGGCGAGAAAAAAAACAAGAAGCUCGAGGCUCGUGCCGGUGGCAGCGGAGUCAGGACACCUGGAGGCCACGAGCAUGGUGAGAACAAAGAGGACGAUAGCCACCAGGGAGAGCAUGGGUCGAAGAAGCGACGUCGGCACAAAAAGAAGAAGCACCACCAUGGAAAGGAGGACGAGUCAGCCGACAAGGAGGAAAAGGACAAGAAGCUCGAGGGUCGUGCCGGUGGCAGCGGUGUCGGUACACCUGGGGGCCACCAGCGUGGUGAGAACAAAGAUGACGAUAGCCACCAGGGAGAGCAUGGGUCGAAGAAGCGACGUCGGCACAAAAAGAAGAAGCACCACCAUGGAAAGGAGGACGAGUCAGCCGACAAGGAGGAAAAGGACAAGAAGCUCGAGGGUCGUGCCGGUGCCAGAGGUGUCAGGACACCUGGAGGUUACGAGCAUGGUGAGAACAAAGAGGACGAUAGCCACCAGGGAGAGCAUGGGUCGAAGAAGCGACGUCGGCACAAAAAGAAGAAGCACCACCAUGGAAAAGACGAUGAGGCUGAUGGCGGCGAGAAAAAAAACAAGAAGCUCGAGGCUCGUGCCGGUGGCAGCGGAGUCAGGACACCUGGAGGCCACGAGCAUGGUGAGAACAAAGAGGACGAUAGCCACCAGGGAGAGCAUGGGUCGAAGAAGCGACGUCGGCACAAAAAGAAGAAGCACCACCAUGGAAAGGAGGACGAGUCAGCCGACAAGGAGGAAAAGGACAAGAAGCUCGAGGGUCGUGCCGGUGGCAGCGGUGUCGGUACACCUGGAGGCCACCAGCGUGGUGAGAACAAAGACGACGAUAGCCACCAGGGAGAGCAUGGGUCGAAGAAGCGACGUCGGCACAAAAAGAAGAAGCACCACCAUGGAAAGGAGGACGAGUCAGCCGACAAGGAGGAAAAGGACAAGAAGCUCGAGGGUCGUGCCGGUGGCAGCGGUGUCGGUACACCUGGAGGACACGAGGGCGGCGAGAACAAAGAGGACGAUAACCACAACAGUGAGCAUGAGUCGAAGAAGCGACGUCGGCACAAAAAGAAGAAGCACCACCAUGGAAAGGAGGACGAGUCAGCCGACAAGGAGGAAAAGGACAAGAAGCUCGAGGGUCGUGCCGGUGGCAGCGGUGUCGGUACACCUGGAGGACACGAGGGCGGCGAGAACAAAGAGGACGAUAACCACAACAGUGAGCAUGAGUCGAAGAAGCGACGUCGGCACAAAAAGAAGAAGCACCACCAUGGAAAGGAGGACGAGUCAGCCGACAAGGAGGAAAAGGACAAGAAGCUCGAGGGUCGUGCCGGUGGCAGCGGUGUCGGUACACCUGGGGGCCACGAGCAUGGUGAGAACAAAGAGGACGAUAGCCACCAGGGAGGGCAUGGGUCGAAGAAGCGACGUCGGCACAAAAAGAAGAAGCACCACCAUGGAAAGGAGGACGAGUCAGCCGACAAGGAGGAAAAGGACAAGAAGCUCGAGGGUCGUGCCGGUGGCAGCGGUGUCGGUACACCUGGAGGACACGAGGGCGGCGAGAACAAAGAGGACGAUAACCACAACAGUGAGCAUGAGUCGAAGAAGCGACGUCGGCACAAAAAGAAGAAGCACCACCAUGGAAAGGAGGACGAGUCAGCCGACAAGGAGGAAAAGGACAAGAAGCUCGAGGGUCGUGCCGGUGGCAGCGGUGUCGGUACACCUGGAGGCCACGAGGGCGGCGAGAACAAAGAGGACGAUAACCACAACAGUGAGCAUGAGUCGAAGAAGCGACGUCGGCACAAAAAGAAGAAGCACCACCAUGGAAAGGAGGACGAGUCAGCCGACAAGGAGGAAAAGGACAAGAAGCUCGAGGGUCGUGCCGGUGGCAGCGGUGUCGGUACACCUGGGGGCCACGAGCAUGGUGAGAACAAAGAGGACGAUAACCACAACAGUGAGCAUGAGUCGAAGAAGCGACGUCGGCACAAAAAGAAGAAGCACCACCAUGGAAAAGACGAUGAGGCUGAGGGCGGCGAGGAGAAGGACAAGCACCUCGAGGGACGGGUCGGUGGUGGCGAUGUCGGGGUUGGUAGUGGCCAGGAAGGUAGCGUGGGUAAGGAAAUGGAUGAGCUUGAAGGAACGAGGCAGCGGCACAGGAGAAGUCGUCACUCUCCAGAAGGGGGCCAGCACAGAGCUGAUGAAACGUCAAAGGAGGGGCAGAGCCAAGGCCAGGAGGCUGCAGGCGGGGCAGAAAAUGUGGAACACGCGGCUCUACCGAGAAGCGUAUCGCCUAAAGCAGCAGAGCGAGGCCUGCAAGGUGAUGGAAGCCAUGGAGACAAGCAUCACGGGGAAGAACACGCCGAUGCUCACGAAGCGGGAAAACCUGGCCAGCAUGCCCAACAGACAGGAGGGCCGCAAGACAGAGAUCUGCAUAAGCGCUCGGCCAGUGCCACGGAUAAGGCUUCCAGUACCGGUCGCGAUCACGGGCCGUUGGCUUCAUCAGUCGCAGAAGAUCAGAAAUCCCCGCAAGAUCAGGAGCACCACGGCGAGCAUCCUCACUCCGGACAACGCCAGGAACCGUCUCAUGAUCAGCCAAGCCAGCACAACCGACAGCAGCAACACCGACCCGUCCACCCGCAGCCCUUCGAACACCAACCCUUCGAACCUCAGCCUUUCCAGUCGCCGUCGUUCCAGUCCCAGUCUUUCCAAUCCCAGCCUUUCCAGUCCCAGCCUUUCCAGUCGCCGUCGUACCAAACCCAGCCUUUCCAGCCCCCGCCUUUCCAGUCCCAGCCCCUCCACUCCGCGACCGCCCAAUCCACGCCCGCGCCCCAGCAGCCACAGGAGCCUCAGGCGGUGCACUCCCCGGUGUCUGAGGGAGCGCAAGGACCUGCACAAGGACAAGGCGCCGAGGCGGCGGGGAGCCCGGCGCUGGAGACGAGGCCGUCGGCAGGGCCAGUCCCCUCGCCAGAGCCCAAGUCAGGGCGAGCGGCGGGGCCGUUGCAAGAGUCGCAGUCACGGGAAGAGGAUAAGGCAACGCAGGAGCCAAAUGCUUCGCGAACGGGGGGAGCGUCAGCGGAGGGCAACAGACAGGAAGAAGACGAGACACCCGAAACAGACGGUGGAGCGGAAGGAGACGAUAGGGAUGAAACGGGCGGGGCACCGGAAAAGGAUGCAACAAAGGGCGACAACGACUCUCGGGAUGAUGACGACUCUCGGGAUGGUGACGACCCUCGGGAUGGUGACGACUCUCGGGAUGGUGACGACUCUCGAGAUGGUGACGACUCUCGGGAUGGUGACGACUCUCGGGAUGGUGACGACUCUCGAGAUGGUGACGACUCUCGGGACGGUGACGACUCUCGGGAUGGUGACGACUCUCGAGAUGGUGACGAUUCUCGGGAUGAUGACGGGGCGGCUGAAGUGAAAGGGACCACGGGCGGGAAAGGGAAGUCUGGCGAGAAGGAGCAACCCGACCAGAACGCGAGGCCGCAAGAGAAAGACGCGCCGCAGACGGCACGGGCAACGCAAGGGAAAGGGACGCGUCAACAGAAAGGGAUGCCUCAGGGGCAGGGGACCAUGACAGAGCAGAAGGCAGGCGGGACGGCCCUGCCGGCGAGCGGUGCAAUGGAUUUGCGGGGAAAGGCGCUAGUGCUUGGCCUCACUGAUGAAGACGAUGAUGACGACGAUGAUGACGGCGAUGACGACGACGACGACACAGAUACGGGUGAGUUGGCUUUUCAUGUGAACGAAAGGCGCGUGCUAGGCUGGACUGACCGCGCCACCAGUCCCCUUCUGACAGUGCUUCGGGAUUCCCACGAGAGAAGAAGCGCCGCAGCUCCAAAUCUCAAAGAACGUCUUCGAAAGGCAGCGGCAGGUCCCGUCCCGAUCGCAAAUGAUGAAGGGGGAGAGCAGCGCUGCCGGAAGAGCAAACAGAUGGCAAAUUCGGAGGAGGGAGCGCCUCCGCUCCAGGCGAAGCUCGAAAUGAAACGCGAGCCGGAGACAGAGCCCGCGCCUUCUCUCUCUGCCUCUACUUCCACUGCGCCGACGGAUGAGAAGGCUGCGCCCAACGGGGCGCGUCCUCCUGAGGCGGUCCCUGUGAAAACUCAGGAAACCAAAGAAGGCGAUCGGGGAGGCAGUGCCCGGACCGUCGCCAUCGACGGCGGCAAUGUGAAGGAGAAACUCGACAGACUCUUCAGUUACUGGAACAGCCGCUACGGCGUCGAGGGAGACCCGUGGCAAGGAGUCGACGCAUUUGUCAUUCUUGUCGGCAAGGCCAGUGAAGAGGAAGAAGGAAAGGCUGAGCAGAUGCAGAUGUGGCUGACGGGGUUCCAGUUCCCCGAGACGCUCUUUGUGUUUACGCGCCCCGGGGAAUGGUGGGUCGUGACGAGUCCGAAGAAGCUGGAGCACCUGCGGCAGAUCGAGAACUGUCGCGAGGGCAUUUUCCUGCUCUCGCGCGGCGGCGCAGACGGGAUCUCAGGAGCGAUGGAGAAGAUCGACGACGCGAUUGGACGGGCUGCCGUUGCGGCCGGGAAGGACGCAGCCGAGGCUUCGAUCGGCUGCUUGCAGCAAUCGGCGAGCGCACACCAAAGCGCCAGUUUUGCCCAGCAAGUUGUCGACUCGCUGCUGAAGAAGUUCACGGAGAGCAACAGAUCCAAGUUUGUCGAUGACGGGGUCGUGGCCACCAUGGCUGUCCAUACACCCGUGGAGAUUGAGAACAUCCGAAACGCGAGCAUCGUUUGCGUCGCCAUGGUCAAGACGCAAAUUGUGAACCGGAUCGAGACGGUCCUGGACAACGAGCAGCAGGAGUCGCACGCCGCGAUUGCGGAGCUCGCCGAGAAGCUGCUGAAGGACGGCAAGCAGAUCGAGAAACUGCGCGAAAAACGUAACGUAGGCGCGGCGGGAAGCGAGCGGCGUGAGGUGGAAACUCACGCGGAUCGGUGA